AUGGCCCCAUCCCUGUCUGCCCUUCUCUGUGUUGGGCUGUGUCUGGGGCAGGUCGUGCAAGCUCAGCAUGGCCCGCUGCCCAAGCCCUCCCUCCAGGCCCUGCCUAGCUCCCUAGCGCCCCUGAAGACGCAGGUGACCAUCCGCUGCCAGGGACCUCCGGGGGUGGACUUGUACCGCCUGGAGAAGCUGAGGUCCGUGAAUUACCAGGAUCAGCCCAUCCUCUUCAUCCCGGCCAUGGAGGAACGUUUCGCCGGAUGCUACCGCUGUUCCUAUCAGAAUGGGAGCCGCUGGUCUCCCCCCAGCGACCGGCUGGAGCUGGUUGCUACAGGAGUUUAUGCCAACAAGCCCUCGAUCUCAGCCCAGCCCAGCCCGGCUGUGUCCCCAGGAGGGAAAGUCACUCUCCAGUGUCGGAGCCAAUACAGUUUUGACCAAUUUGCUCUGUACAAGGAAGGGGAUGCUGGGCCCCAGAAGGGAUCUGAGAAGCAGUACUGGGCUGAUUUCCCCAUCACCGCAGUGACUGUUGCCCACAGUGGGACCUACCGAUGCUACAGCUUUUCCAGCAAGUUGCCGUACCUGUGGUCGGCCCCCAGCGACCCCCUGCAGCUUGUGGUCACAGGGACCUCUGUGACCCCCGGCUGGUUAUCCGCAGAACCACCAUCCUCUGUGACAGAAUUCCCAGAAGCCUCCAGGAAACUGAGCAUCUCACUCAUCAACAAGAGCUCUACAAUUGAGCCUUCUAGGUCUAUCACCAUCUCUCCAAAGGGGCCAGAGUCUCCAACUGGUCUUGCCCAGCAGCACUACACCAAGAGCAAUCUGGUCCGGAUAUGCAUUGGGGCUGUGAUUCUAAUACUCCUGGUGGGGCUUCUGGCAGAAGAUUGGCACAGCAGAAAGAAAUCCCUGCCACACCGGGUCAGACCUAUCCGCAGGCCACUCCCACCCCUCCCGCAGACCCAGAAACCACACAGUCAGCAGGAUGGGGGUCGACCAGAUGGCCACAACCAUGGGCACCACCAUUAG